AUGAAUGCUGUUCAUUCACUCCUUUCAGGCGCCUUUUUGUUGCCCUUUGUGCUGAUGCUGCUGGCUGCUGGUCUGCCGCUCAUGUUCAUGGAGCUGUCGCUGGGCCAGUACGCGUCCCUGGGGCCCAUUGCCCUCUACGCCGAGUUCGCCCCGCUGCUCCGUGGCCUGGGCUGGGCCAUGGUGCUCGUGUCGGCCAUAGUCAUGCUCUACUACAACAUGAUCAUCGCCUGGACCAUCUACUACAUAUUCGCCUCCAUGGGGGCCGACUUGCCGUGGCAGACGUGCGAGCCGGAAUGGAGCACCGAGAGUGAGGCCUUCUUUAUUUAUUUAUUUAUCUAUUCAUCCAACGAUCAAUCAAACAAUGUAUCAUUCGUGUUCGUGUGGAUGCACGGAUGGAUGCAGCUGAUGAUGAGGGGACAUUGCUAUUCGUAUUCGGAGGCGGAUUCGUGCAUGGCCAACAACGGGACUUACUACAACAGAUCCUGCUUCACCUCUGAGGCCCUGGAAGCGAUGAACGUGUCCAUCGCCUCAAUCUCGAACAUGACGAAACGAACACCUGCUGAAGAAUACUUUGAUGCUGCUGCUGGUGCUGGUGCUGACAGGAACUUCGUUCUAGGCAUGUCAGCUGGGAUAGAAGAGACGGGAGCGCCCAAGUGGCAGCUCGUGCUCUGCCUCCUGGUGGCCUGGACAAUAGUCUUCUUGUGCCUGUCCAAGGGGGUGCAGACUUCCGGCAAGGAACUUCGUUCUAGGCAUGUCAGCUGGGAUAGAAGAGACGGGAGCGCCCAAGUGGCAGCUCGUGCUCUGCCUCCUGGUGGCCUGGACAAUAGUCUUUUUGUGCCUGUCCAAGGGGGUGCAGACUUCCGGCAAGCAUCGAAAGCCUAUGGAACGAUAGAACAAAUAUUUAUAUACUUCUUCAAAUAUUCGUCCCUUAAUUUCGCAAAAUUCCUGCAAUACGAUCGCUGGCGUAAAAUCAGCGUGCUGCAUGUCGUGUACUUCACGGCUUUGUUCCCGUACGUCGUGUUGUUCCUGCUCUUCUUCCGAGGAAUCACGUUGCCCGGGGCAAUGGAGGGCAUUGUGUGGUACUUGACUCCGGAUCUGUCGAAGCUAGGCGAAGCCAAGGUUUGGGGUGAGGCAGCUGUGCAGAUCUUCUUCGCAUUGAGUCCUGCGUGGGGAGGCCUGAUCACGUUGUCGUCCUACAACAAGUUUCACAACAACUGCUAUAAGGAUGCUCUGAUCGUGUCCGCGUCCAACGUGUUGACGUCCAUUUUCGCCGGGUUCGUCAUCUUCUCGGUCAUCGGGUUCCUGGCCCACGAGCUGAACGUGGACAUUGACAAGGUGGUCGAUGCCGGGCCAGGACUGGCCUUCGUCGUGUACCCCGAGGUGGUGGCCAGACUGCCCCUGGCCCCGCUCUGGUCCUUCAUGUUCUUCUUCAUGCUUCUCACGCUGGGGCUGGAUUCCCAGGCGAGUACUUUCGCAUUGAUGGAGACGGUGACGACUGCAAUCCUCGAUGGCCUCCCAUCUUUGCGCGAAAAGAAAGUGAUGACUGUCGGAGUUGUUUCUUUGGCUGGUUUCCUCGGAGGAGUCAUCUUCUGCACUCCGGGAGGAACCUACUGGCUGGAGCUGCUGGACACGUACGCGGCCAACUGGUCCGUGAUGCUCAUUGCCACGACCGAGUGUCUCCUCGUCGCCUGGCACUACGGCGCCGAGCGGUUCCUGGGCAACGUGUGCGAGAUGAUCGGCAAGCAGAGCAAGGCCUGGCACAUGUUCUGGACCGUCAUGUGGAAGUACGUCAGUCCGACGGUGCUGGUG